AUGUCUGUAUCGCCAGUGCUCGCACGAAAGCCAUCAUAUCAACCUUUUCAAUGUUUGAUCUGCCAAAGCCGGUUUACCAGGCACGAGAACCUCAAGCGACAUUCUGCCCUGCAUAAUCGUUCUCAAAAUGAUGCCUCCCUGCCCUGCGACUUUUGCCAUGCCACAUUUUCUCGCCCGGAUUUACGGAAUCGUCACAUGAAAAGGAAGCAUCCAGAUCAGGAAGAUGGUCGGAUAACUAAGAGAAAACAUGGCGUUGCGCAGGCGCGGCCACGAGCUUCUCAGAAGGGCUCAUCUCCUAGGGAGAAUUCUGCUUCGCUAUCGCCAACGGACAGCCAUAAUGACUUGCAGUCGCAUCACUCUGAAGGAGACUUUGGAAUGAAUAGUGGAAUUUGGAACGCCCCCGCACCAUAUGAGCAACGCCCUUCCGACUUCGGUUCUCAGCGAGACCAUGCGGAGAGCAGCCAUCGUGCAGCUACUGCUUCUUUGGCACAACCAUUUCUGAGCGAUUCCACAUGUAUCAACCAGAUUGUCCAAGAGGCAACAGAUCUUGAGCAGAGCAUACUUCUCGGCGCACCCUUCCUAAAACCAACACACUCCUUUGGCCUACAACUUCAUCAACCGGGCCCCGCACACUCCAUUGGCCCAAAUUUGACAGGCAUCGAAUCCAGCCACAGCUCCCCGGACAAAAUAUCAUCCCAUGACCUACUGGAAGCGCAGGGUGACUGGUUUCCUUCUAUUCUUCAGAUCGAACGCGGAUGCGACCUUUUUUUCAGACACGUUUCGCCAUAUGUACCUUUUCUUCACCAGCCAACCUUCGAUCCUUCACAAACCGCCCCCAUAUUAAUUCUAAGCAUGCUUUCGCUCGCGUUUCAACACGGAGACGACCCAGAAUGUGGGAGUCAAAUAGGUUCGGGCGCUGCUUUAUCUGUACAUUGUUUUCACCGCGCCCGUUUUCUCGCAAUUUCCGGCGAUGCAAGAUCCGAUAUGCCACCGCAAGACAUUGCCAUGGUCCAAUCAUACCUACUCCUUCAAAUCUGUGCCAUGAUGUUCCUUUGCGGAAAGGACUCAGCCCACGGCCUAAAGAUGCACUCCAGUAUGAUUUCCCUCGCCCGAGCCGGGGGACUUAUGCAGCCGAAUGCAGUUGAGCCCUCAACAGCCACAGAUCUCGACUCAUUGUGGCGCGAAUUUGCAAGAGCCGAAUCACAUAAACGAACACUCUUUGCCGUACACCAGGUCGACGCCCUUUGGUAUCAAUUCCUAUCUAUCCCGCGAUCUAUAUCACACCUCGAAAUUAAACACGACUUGCCCUGUCCUGAAGACCAGUGGAAAUCAACCUCAUCAGCGGAGUGGGCUCACAGACAACUCGUUUCAAGGAAUUCCGGGCCUUCGGUACAAUACGCCGAUGCCGUUCGCCAAUUCCUAUCGGCGGACCCGGAUCUCCAAGAUUUGCCAUCCUUCGAUCCGUACGGCGCUGUCAAUAUUGCGCAGUUUCUCAUAUCCAGCGCCCGUGAGAUAUCGGGAUGGUCUACGAUGACGGGAAUGCUUAGUAUGGAGAGAUUCAGUGCUUUGAGGUCAUCACUAAUAGCACUGGGCCCAUUUGUGCGUCCAGAGGUGCAUACGGGAGAUCUCACCAAUCUCGCACUGUGUGAAGCAACCUGGCAAACCGCCAUGAUCGAGAUACAGCUUUGGUCGCCCUCACAUACUGGCGGAAUUGUGGAAGGAAGCAUCGAUGCCGUUCUGAGCCAGUCGACAUUUUUGGCGCCGUCGGCAGAGUUCCUUUGCGAGCCUGAAACUGCAAAGUCUGUUCAGCCUCACGUUGACUGGUUUUUGCGAUAUCUUGAGGCAGUGGUUUUGCCGGGAUCAGAAGCACCCUGGGUCGCCCUGUACGCGUACAAAGCCUUCUUAAUAGCAUGGCAGCUGGUACGAGGGGGUAUUCCAGGCGCGAUGGAAGUCGUGGGCGUUGCUGAUGGCGAUGAGAAUGGAGCCCUUGAAUGGGCGAGAAAAGUCUUUCUACGCAGACAGAGAUGGCAGUUGGGCAAACUUAUUCUGGAAUGUAUUGAUGCAUUAGGGAAAUGA